GUGUCAUCCCCGGUCCCCGGAUGCCCUCUGCGCACACGCUCCCCAUCCCGCAGCUGUCCUGGGCUGGGUUCCGCGGCGCGUCCUCUCCCCUCGGACGCUCGCUGCUCCUGGUCAUGCGGGGACAGUGCCCUGACCUGGGGGCAGGAUCCCUGGCUGGGCUCUUGAUGCCGGUGUGGGCUGGGGUUCCCGGGAUGACCGGCUCGGGGUCUGAGACCCCGGCCCCUGUCCUGCCCGGUGCAUCCAGCGGGUCGGAAGAGCCACGUCUAGUGAGGCCGGGGCCUGGCCAGGGUCCAGGUGGGCAGAGACGCAGCGCUGUUGGUCCUGGGAGAGGGAGCACGGCUUGGGGUUGUGGGUUCUUGGGAGGCAGCGUCCAUGGAGCGAGAGGAAUGCCAGGACCCUGCCCAGGCACACGUGAGCCAGCCUCAGCGCCGCCAGCCGAAGCGCAGAUAGCAGAGGAGUCUUGGGGCUGGGGUGUGGCUUUGUGGUGGAGCACUUGCCUGGCAUGCAUGAGACCUUGGGUUCCAUCCCCAGCACCACAAAAAAACAACAAGUUGAACCAUGAUUCCAGUGACGGAGCUCCGCUACUUUGCGGACACACAACCAGCAUAUCGGAUCCUGAAGCCCUGGUGGGACGUGUUCACUGACUACAUCUCUAUUGUCAUGCUGAUGAUUGCUGUCUUUGGUGGGACGCUACAAGUCACCCAGGACAAGAUGAUCUGCCUGCCUUGUAAGUGGGUCACCAAGGAUUCCUGCAAUGAUUCAUUCCGGGGCUGGACAGCCCCCAGCCCAGAGCCCACCUACCCCAACUCUACAAUCUUGCCAACCCCUGACACGGGCCCCACGGGCAUCAAGUAUGACCUGGACCGCCACCAGUACAACUAUGUGGACGCCGUCUGCUAUGAGAACCGCCUGCACUGGUUCGCCAAGUACUUCCCCUACCUCGUGCUCCUGCACACCCUCAUCUUCCUGGCCUGCAGCAACUUCUGGUUUAAGUUCCCACGCACAAGCUCCAAGCUGGAGCACUUUGUGUCUAUCUUGCUCAAGUGCUUUGAUUCGCCUUGGACUACAAGGGCCCUUUCAGAGACAGUGGUGGAAGAGAGUGACCCCAAGCCUGCCUUCAGCAAGAUGAAUGGUUCCAUGGACAAGAAGUCAUCCACAGUCAGUGAGGACGUGGAGGCCACUGUGCCCAUGCUGCAGCGGACCAAGUCACGGAUAGAGCAGGGCAUUGUGGACCGCUCGGAGACAGGCGUGCUGGACAAGAAGGAGGGGGAGCAGGCCAAGGCGCUGUUUGAGAAGGUGAAGAAGUUUCGGACCCAUGUGGAGGAGGGGGACAUCGUUUACCGCCUCUACAUGCGGCAGACCAUCAUCAAGGUGAUCAAGUUCAUCCUCAUCAUCUGCUAUACUGUCUACUAUGUGCAUAACAUCAAGUUUGACGUGGACUGCACCGUGGACAUUGAGAGCCUCACGGGCUACCGUACCUACCGGUGUGCACAUCCUCUGGCCACACUGUUCAAGAUCCUGGCGUCCUUCUACAUCAGUCUGGUCAUCUUCUACGGCCUCAUCUGCAUGUACACACUGUGGUGGAUGCUGCGCCGCUCCCUUAAGAAGUACUCAUUCGAGUCGAUCCGCGAGGAGAGCAGCUACAGUGACAUCCCAGAUGUUAAGAACGACUUCGCCUUCAUGCUGCACCUCAUCGACCAGUAUGACCCGCUCUACUCGAAGCGCUUCGCUGUCUUCCUUUCAGAGGUUAGUGAGAACAAGCUUCGGCAGCUGAAUCUUAACAACGAGUGGACACUGGACAAGCUGCGCCAGCGGCUCACCAAAAACGCACAAGACAAGCUGGAGCUGCACCUGUUCAUGCUCAGCGGCAUCCCGGACACUGUGUUUGACCUGGUCGAGCUAGAGGUCCUGAAGCUGGAGCUGAUUCCCGACGUGACCAUCCCACCCAGCAUCGCCCAGCUCACGGGCCUCAAGGAGCUGUGGCUAUACCACACAGCAGCCAAGAUCGAGGCCCCUGCCCUGGCCUUCCUGCGUGAGAACCUGCGGGCACUGCACAUCAAGUUCACCGACAUCAAGGAGAUCCCGCUAUGGAUCUACAGCCUGAAGACACUGGAGGAGCUGCACCUGACCGGCAACCUGAGCGCUGAGAACAACCGCUACAUCGUCAUCGAUGGGCUGCGGGAGCUAAAGCGCCUCAAGGUGCUUCGGCUCAAGAGCAACCUGAGCAAGCUGCCACAGGUGGUCACGGACGUAGGUGUGCACCUGCAGAAGCUGUCCAUCAAUAAUGAGGGCACCAAGCUCAUUGUCCUCAACAGCCUCAAGAAGAUGGUGAACCUGACCGAGCUAGAGCUGAUCCGCUGUGACCUGGAGCGUAUCCCCCACUCCAUCUUUAGCCUCCACAACCUGCAGGAGAUUGACCUCAAGGACAACAACCUGAAGACCAUCGAGGAGAUCAUCAGCUUCCAGCAUCUGCACCGCCUCACCUGCCUUAAGCUGUGGUACAACCACAUCGCCUACAUCCCCAUCCAGAUUGGCAACCUCACCAACCUCGAGCGCCUCUACCUAAACCGGAACAAGAUUGAGAAAAUUCCCACCCAGCUCUUCUACUGCCGCAAGCUGCGCUACCUGGAUCUCAGCCACAACAAUCUGACCUUCCUCCCCGCCGACAUUGGCCUCCUGCAGAACCUUCAGAAUCUGGCUGUCACGGCUAAUCGGAUCGAGGUGCUCCCCCCGGAGCUCUUCCAGUGCCGGAAGCUGCGGGCCCUGCAUCUGGGCAACAACGUGUUGCAGUCCCUGCCCUCAAGGGUGGGCGAGCUGACCAACCUGGCGCAGAUCGAGCUACGGGGCAACCGGCUAGAGUGCCUGCCGGUGGAGCUGGGCGAGUGCCCGCUGCUCAAGCGCAGCGGCCUGGUGGUGGAGGAGGACCUGUUCAACACGCUGCCACCCGAAGUCAAGGAGCGGCUCUGGAGGGCUGACAAGGAGCAGGCCUGAGUGGCCGGAGGAGCAGUCAACAGUGGGACCCCCGCGAGUCCUCAGGCUGGGCGGGCCACCCUGUCCCUCCUAGGACUUCUGGACAGCCAGCCCAGACCUAGCCAGGCGGAGCCUGGGGCCGGUGUGAGCUGGGCCAGGGCGAGAGGACAGUAUCCGAGGGGCUGGCCCCUCUUCUCCCUGAGCCUCAUGCCCCGCCAGGGCAGGCGCCUGUCGGGGAGGCCAGAGACCAAGUCGGUCUCAGAGCGCAGUAUUGGACAACAGGGUCUCCUCCUUUGAGGCCACCUCUGCCUCAGAGUCUGGUAGACACCAGAGGUCCAGGGACACCAACCUAGCUCUUGGUAUUUAUUUUUCUCCACCUCCCAUCUUCUUCCUCUAGAUAACUUAGACAUUCCCGAGAAAGUUCAGCUCCACGGGAGGUGUUUAAGGAACGCUGGGUGGUGUUUCCCCUUUUCCUUUCUGGGUGAAGCCACCAGCAUCAGAUGCCCAUCCAGACUUGGGCAGAAUGGUCCAGGAUGAACAGCUGCAGGACAGUGCCCAGCGAUGCCGACUGAGCUCUGGCAGCAGGGCCUGUGGAGAGCGGGCCGCGGCAGAAGGCCAGGCCUGGGUUCUCCUCAUCCGUUUUUGUGGCGUUUCAGAUUCUUUUUUUUUUUUUUUUAAGUCAAAUGAAUGUUUUUGUUGUUGUUUAGUUUUAUUUUCUAAGCUUUGAAAAUUGAUGGUUUGGGUAUUAAAAAGAAAAAAAAAAAAAACCAACACUAAGGGCCAGUGAGUUGGAGUCUCAGGUAGAUGGCAGUUUCCCUUGAGCAAGGCAGCAAGACAUUGAGCUGCGUUUCCUUCCUCCCGGGUGUGGGGUGCAGGGUGUCUUCCGAGUCUGUUGUGACCUUGGCCAAGAGUUCUGUUUGUCCCUCUCCCCUCCUGUUUGUUUUCGGGGGUUUUUUUUUGGUGUCUUGUUUUCUUUCUCCUCCUUGGGUCUUGGCAGGCGCUCAUUUCUGUGGCUAUCAGCCAAAAGGAACAUUCUGGGGCUGCCAGGAAGGGAGGAGACUCGGCUUGGCCGGUCCUCGAAUGAACGGUGCUGCACCCCGUCCGCCGCCCACCCCUCCACGCACAGUACUAGGCGCCCAGGGAGCUACUUAGCCCCGAUCUGUCCCCCACUGUCAUGGUCUGCUCAGUGCCACCACUCACCUGUGCUGCUUACGUUGGCCCCAUCACCACCUGAUCCUUCAUGAAGAGCAGACGUAUCCAGGUGGGCGGGCACGGGUGUCACUGCUGGGAGGGCAACGCCCAGGUUCUGGCUGCACACCAGUUUCUGUCUGGUGCCUGGCUUGUCUGGUGGGGGGACACUCACUUUAGAGCAAUCACUUGGUCCCCCCUCUAGAAGGGUCCCCGCCUUAGAUCAAUCACGUGGACACUAAGGCACCUUUUAGCGUCUCGUCUUAAUGAUUAUGUCUGUCUGUGUUUUCUGCGUCGUGUCAUUGGAUGUAAUCCUCACAAAUAAUGCACACUAGCCUCUGACAACCAUGAAGCAGUCCGUUACCUGUGGGUCUGAUUGUAGACUCAGAUCAAAUAUCAAAUAAAUCUAUAACACAAAGUA